GUGAGGAAGAGGAGGAGCAGCAGGAACGAGGUGAUAUUUAAGCCACCGUCCCGCUCUGGCCUCAUCCGUCCCUUCCUCGGCUUUCUCCCUUUUCUCUCCUUCCACACCUCGUCCAGGACCCCGGAGGACCCUUCGCCAGGUAAGACCACCAAAGAGACAUUUCACGACUCGACGCCAAGAUAGCGACACUCGUGUAUGAUUUCAUUCAUAACGUAUUAUUCUUUUUGCGCUCCGUAAAAGGGGAUGGGCUUUUCCAGAUUUGCGGUCCGCAAAUGCCGCGAGAGCGCCACACGAUGUGAAUUUUUUAUAUGGAUAUGAACGCUCCUGCAUUCAUAAUUUGGUUUUUCUCCAGUUUUGUGCUCCCACUAUUGUCCUGAACUCCGUUCAUACUACAAUAUUCGGUUUCUACUGCGUUUUGUUGGAUUUUUGCGCUGGUUUUCGCCACGGUCGUUUCAUCCCGGUUCUAAAUAUAGCUUUGGCGAUUUAAGGAUGCCGGGUGACCAGGUGAGCGCGGAGACCUGGUCUCAUCGAGCACCUCAGGUUACUCGGUCCGUGAGCGUCCCGGGUGACCCGGGUGAGGUUUGUGUUUCACUGCCGGUGUCCAUUUUGAUGAUGACACAUCCACGGUAGGGGCGGGCAACCCGAUCCUUUUAUACGCUGGCCGGAUCUCCUUGAAUGUUCUGAACUCCUCUUUCCGAGUUUCCUAGUGCGUGUUCCUGUGUUUUGUUCGGAACCGCGACCCGAAGCGAUUGACGGUGACUUCUUCUGUGUGUCUGUGCACGUUCCCCACAGCAGCGUGGUAGCAGCGGAAGCGCCGGGAUGCCUGACACAAUGUGUAAUGUCCAAAGAACCCUCUUCCAACCUGGAAAGCGCCAUGCAGAUGCUCAUUAAAACCUUCCACAAGUAUUCGGGCAAGGAGGGCGACAAGUACACGCUGAGCCGGGGCGAGCUCAAGGAAAUGCUGCUGGAGGAGCUGGGAAGCUACUUGGGGAACUCCAAAGACAACGAGGCGGUGGAGAAGGUCAUGAACGACCUGGACGCCAACAACGACGGCGAGGUGGACUUCACCGAGUUCAUCAUCCUGAUGGGCGCGCUCACCGUGGCCUGCAACGACUUCUUCCUGGAAUUCAAGACGGACGACAAGCCCAAGGGCGGCCAGGCGGCGGAGUAGAAGGAAGGGGGAGGGGAGGGAAACGGGAUUUAGAUAAGGAGCAGU